UCUGAGGGUUGUAUGGUGAGAAACAAAGCCUCAAGAUCCCUAAACUGCUGGGUUUUGACAGAUAUCGGACAGCAACCGUGACAGCAACCUAAACGUGGCGAGUAAGACUUGAGAAAGCCUUGUGGAGGUAAUGACUGGCUAUUUGCUCUGCAGGUGGACAUGGCAACAGUGCGUCCGCCGAGGCCCUGUUGUCAUGACGACCAUGAAUACUUAAAGCUGCCAAGGUUACCGCUGCUGCUGUGUCCAUCAUAAACUCAAACGGAGGCAAAUUAAGGAUGUCGGUGUACACCAGAAGAAGUACCCCAGACUCCGAGAUGGAAGCAGCUUGCAAAACAGAGACAUCUAAAAAGAAAACGGCUACUUUGGAACUGGCCGGUGUGACACAGCUUCCAGAGAGUACCAAUUGCCUGGCGUGCUCGGAAGACGGCAGGUACCUCAGCCUGGGUCACUCCCAGGGCUUGUCUGUGUGGUGUGCGUCUUCUCUGAGCCGUGUUGCAGAGUGGCUGCAGGACAGACUGGAAAUUACAUCUAUUCAAAUUACCUGGAUAGCUGACAUGUUCUAUCUGCUUGGCACUGUUGAUGACAUGGGUGUUGCCAGAGUCUUUGUAUAUCACUGUGAAGGCAUUCACCUCCUCAGUGCUAUCAACAACAUGGAAAAUAUCAACAAAAGGAGCAUCUGCUUGACAUUUGAACUGUCUGAAGGGGGAGAUUAUGGAGCCGCAUCAGUGAGCUGCAGUGGUGCUCUUUGGCUUGAGGUCUAUCACUUCCCUUCAGAAUCAUGGCUGAAAGAGUUAGAGAUGGCACUAUCACAGAAACAGGACCCAAACUCAUCUGGAGAUGUGGAAGUUAAAUGGACUCCAAUUGCAGUGGUGAUUAGAAUUAAGCCACCCACAAUCCCAGCAGGGACAGCAUUGGAUGAUCCACUUGUGGUCUUGCAGAUGACAGACUUUUUAACACACUGCCUGGCUCUGGAUGUAGACACCAGGAGCAGUCGUCAGUGGGAGGAACCGGCUUUUGAUACAGAUGCAGGAAAAACAAAGGAAACCAUUGAAAGCCCAAGACGUUGCACCCACCACUUUCUUCUGCCUUGUGGUCAGUUUCCUGGUGACAGUAAAGCAAAGUCCCAGCCAGCAGGGUUACCUGUUGCUGUCUGUGUGUGGUGGAGUGGCAGCCAUAAUCUUCUUCAGUAUUUGCUGCAAAAAGCACCAAAGAACAAACCAGCAGAUGUGGAACCCAUGCCAGAUGUGUUAUGGCCAAAUGCAAAGGAAAUCCUCUGCUCUGCUGUCAGUAGAUGCACCCGUUACGUAGCACUUGGGCUUGAUGAUGGUUUGGUGUGUGUCUGGGACAGGCAGUUGGGGUCUCCGUUGUCUGUUGUCCUGGUAUCAGUUACAGACACUGCCUUCUCCUGUAUGCAAUUUGUGGAUUACUGGCCUGUGUCGGCGAAUGAUUCCCAGACUUUUACCGAAGCAAAAGUGAAUCUUUUGGUGUUGUGUAAAAGUGGAACCAUUCAUACUGUCACCACAGGACGAGGGAUACGAUCCUGCACAGUGCAGCUCACUGAAAGGCCAAAACACAGCGGGGACCUCCCAACUGUCACUGCAUCAGUGCCAUUCCUGCAUAGCUUGUCGCUUGUGGUGCAAAGAAAUGGAAAAAUGUUUCUCCAAGAUGUCAUCAACAAAACCACCGUGUGCUUCUUGAUUCCUACCCCAACUCAUCUGAUUGGUACUCCCUGUAAUCCUGUUUAUGCCCUGAACACCAAACAACAAACUCUGUUCAUAAAAGGUGACCAGGACCCAAGCUGCAGUGGUUCUUCUAAAGAAGGAAACCAGAGUCAGCUAUUCACCUUCCGUUUUGGAGAAUCUGACAUCUUUAAGCAGUAUAUUGUUUCACUUCCAGAUUCUCCGCAACAACAAAAAACACUGAGCUGUGUCACUCUAGAGAAAGCCUGCAACGUCUACCUUCAGCAAAGAGUGGCAUCCGGUGGGGAAAGGAACAAAGCUAUAACGCAGACCUGGAGGCAGCUACAGGAAACUGCAGUGAUGGUACAACAGAGACACAGCAGGGCUGCAGCCAGCUGAUGAACUGCAACGAUACAUAGUUUCAUGGAUUGAUAGAGCUACUAUUGUACAUGGUGUGUUCAUUUUAUGUUGUUUUAAAGCUUCUUCUAAUUCCCACUUCAAUUGCACUAUUCACCUUGAUACACAGUGCUCAUUUAAACACAGAUGUAAUAUCUGUUAUAUUUCCUUUUUCUUCUUUUUUUACACAAUUGUACAAAAUAGGUGAAAACGACUUACUUUUGAAGACAGAAUUUUCUCUACUUGUUCCACAUGGGGUCUAGGGAUGCUGUUUAAACGGUUCAUACCUAAUGAAUAUAUAUAUGGUAUAGUCAUGUAUUGUCUGUGUCGCUAUAAAUACAUAUUGCAAAUGAUCAAAUAUAACUUUUUCUCCAGGACUUUAAAAAAUGAGGGCAGUGCCACAACCCCUUUUUCACAGCAGCCAUUUCGACAUUAAAUUGUAGGGUAUGCACAGGUGUUACCAAUGAUGCUAACUAAGGAUUUGUUCCAUUCACGUCAAACAGAAAUGGAACGAACCUUAAUUAGUUUCAUUGGUAACACCUGUGCAUACCCUACAAUUUCAUGUUGAAAUGGCUGCUGUGAAAAGGUCUAUUUAGGCUAAACUGAUGCUAACAAUAAAGGUUCUGUUUAUGAAGCAGGAGCAAGCAGUAAAUGCCAUGGUAACUGUAUCCACGGUUGCAAGACUUUGUCCACUGGUGAAUCAUAACAUGAUUGAGGCAGAAUAAGUAUUUCUUUUUGAAUAUUUAUAAUUGAUCCUCUUACAGUAACACUUUAACUCAGUGGCUCUGCCUGUAAAUGUACUCUGUCUGUCAGUAAGUCCUUGUUUAAAUGUAUUCCACUGGUCCAAAUGUACAUUACCAACAUAACCUAAUCUCCAGUUCUUAUUUGCUUUUAAGACAAAUCAAACAGUUGUGUCUUUCUGUAUAAAGAAGGAUUGACAUUGUUUCUUGUGUUGACUACGGCAACAUUUUUAUAUCUGUGGUGCUGCUAGGCCAUCUCUAAUACACAGGAUGACUGAUUGUGACUGGGCCGUAUUCAGUAAUGGCACAUUGGCAUUUUGUUGCCUUUAGGGUCCUUGAAUGCUUCAUGCGUCAUGUUUUUAAUGUCAGAAGACACAAAAAGUAGGACAGUGCAGAGAUUUGCUUACUUUUCUUAAUUUAAACCAAAUACAUGCAUCAUGCAACAGGAAAUACUCAUUCAGAGCUUUGCCUGUCUAUAAUGUGAGAGUAGGUUUAGACAGAAGAGGUAUGUUCUUGUCCGUCAUUGAUACAGUUUGUAUAAUUUAAUGGAAAGAAAAACAAACCUUGCUUUUCAGGAUUAUGUAUAUAAACAAAAUGGAGAAGCGGGUGGACAGCGUUAGUAGCUAAGUACUUUUAUUUUUGGCAAACUGACACACUCAAAUUGAAGGGAGCAUAAUCAGCUACUAAAUAAUGUCCAUAUUUAUUGAAUACCAGGGCAACAGCAAAUUUAGAUUAAAAUAUUCGAGGUGGGCUCACAGAGUCGGAAAACCUCAAUCUAUCAGAGACCAUACUGUUCAGUUAUAUCUAAUCAGUAAUGUGUGGCUGGAGAAUUAUUCCUGAUUGGCUCCUUGUGUGAGUUUAGAUUGGUGACAGAACAAUAAUGGGUGCUCAUUUCACUGAGUGCAUUUUGGAUCACUUGUGUCGCAUUUCUGCUAUUAUACACACAAAUGUAUCUACAUUGUUGUAGUCCAUCUUCACCAGACAGUGUUUAUACUGUUCAAUCAGUUCAAACUGUGGUGUCUCUUUGUCAAGAGAACUGAUACUGAUUUUAAUAUCUUUUUGAAAGCAAAGCCUCAUUUGAAUUUCUAUAAAGCUUUGCUGAGGGUGCCAAAGGGCCACACAUCAUUGAAAGUGUAAUGAAAGCUCUAUUCAAAGAGUUUGGCAUGUGUACCCAUCAGAUAUUUACCGCCUCUUAAAUGAAACUAAGCACCGACAAAGAGCAGACUUUCAUUCUUGUCAGAUUUGUCUCAUUUGACUUUUUAAUUGAUUAUUUAAUAUCAGUGUUUUUAUAGAUGUUACUUGUGGUAUUUAGUUGUCUCAACAUUUUAUUUUACUAUAACAUGCAAAAAAAACCCAACCAUCAUCAUUUUAUGUUUUCCUUUUCUCAGAUACGUACAAUUAACUGUAAUAUCAGCCUUUUUUAUAUAUUCAGUUACUCAUUGGCAACAGCUAAGGUAAGAACAAGUACCUUAGCGGUUUGCUUAUCUGAAAAAUGUCUUCCUCUUAAGCUAAAUGACUGUUGAAAGCUACAAAAGCUAGUAAAUGGAGCUUUGAAAUUAUUGUGUUACAUGAAUAAUAAAUGCAGAAGUUCUGAAAUGAA